AGGGGGGAAGUACUUUCGCGGGAUUUGCAGCUCGUUUAGCCUGUCCUAGUUAUCCAUAAAUGCAUGCCUUUUGAAUGUUUUAAUACUGUAUUAAUCAGUCGUGCAGCUAACAGGAUUGUGCAUAAAGGUAUCCCGUGCGAGGGAUUGUUGAAAGACGACGUCAAGAGGCAUAAAGAAAGAUGUCUGCUUUCUCACAGUCAACAGAGGACUUGUGCAAGUUGAACACCACUGAGGUGGUCAUAAAAGAGCCUGACCCUGAAGAAAGCUUGAUGGAAGAGCAUCAGAUGGAGCAGGAGAAAGUAGAGGAGCUCCAGGAGGAGAUGAAGGAGGAAGACCUGGAUUUAAAACUAAAUCAGGAUAUAUGUGUAGAGGAGGGAAGUGGAGAGGAAAAGAACAAGCCAAUAGAUCCGGGCAAAGAAGAAGAAACGAGUGUAAAGGAAUACUUUGAGCAUAAGAAAAUAACCAUUGAACUAGAGGAGAAGAACAAUGACAAGGAGGAUACAGCACAGUGUUCAGAAGAGCUAGUGAUCGCUAAAGUUGAGGACUUAAGGGAUGAAAUGCAAGUGGAUGUGGACCAGACUGAGGAUCCUAAAGGGAACAUGGAGGUGGAUAAACCAGAAAAUGAAGGAACAGCUGAAGGUGUAAAAAAUGAGACUACGAAGUCACUUGCUGAAAUGCAGACAAAACCAAUGUUAAAACAUUCCACAAAACCUGAGGUAAAAGUUGCCCAGCCCGCUGUCACCCAACCUGUGAAGAUAAAGGAUGAACCAAUGGAUGAGGAGUAUGAGAAAGCAUCUGCACCACAGCGUCCAAUGGACAACAUUAAGGAUGAGCCUGACACUGCAGCCGAGUUUAACCAGACACCUGAGGAGUUUAAGAUCAGUGCAGUGUUCUCUGUGGGAGGGAACUCCUCAGGCAUUGCAGCCGCCCCAGCAAAGGCACCAUCAAUCCCUGCAGUAACUCUUCGUCCUCUGGCCCCUGCCUCACUGAUGACUGUGGUCUGCACUGGCUGUAAGAAAGUCCUGGUAAAGGGACAGACAGCUUUCCAGCGCAAAGGCUGUUCUAAACUCUUUUGCUCACCUCAGUGCCUCUGCAGCACCUCUACCAUGGUGGUUAAGAUACCGCAGAAGAAAACAUGUCACUUCUGCCUCAAAGAGAUUCUUGACUUAAAGGAUUUGAUCGUUUCCCCUGUGGACGCAUCUGGAACUAUAAAGGACUUCUGCAGUCAGGCAUGCCUUACUGCUCUUAACCUGAAGUGCAGUGUGUGUAAGAAGAUGGGUGUGGCUUAUACUCAUGAAGUGAACUUGAUGGGCAUCGUCCAUAAGAUGUGCAGCGACACCUGUUUCAACCAGUUCCGUUCCUCCAAUAAUUUGACCUUGAACUCCUGUGCGAGCUGUGGUGGAUACUGCCAUACUGCAGAUGGUCAGAGUCCGACUCUGCAUAUAGAUGGUACUUUUCUGAAGUUCUGCAACCAAAACUGCCUCGCAGACUUCAAAAAGAAGAGUCUGAAACCCGUCACCUGCAAAAUGUGUCGUGUCAUGCGACCGACUGCAGAUAUGGUGGACAGUCCAAACUCAGAAGGCAUCAGAGAACUUUUCUGUUCUGCUCCCUGUAUCACAGCAAAUAAAGUUCAGACUGUCAGUACCUCAGGGGCUCCAGUGGAAUGCAACAGCUGCAAGCAGAAACUAGUGCCUCAGUACCAUUUAGCCAUGUCUGAUGGAACCAUUCAGAACUUCUGCUCCUUUCCCUGUUUAAUUGCAUUUCAGGAAUCCUUCAGUAAGACAAAAUCAAACAACCAGGUAAAUACGGUGACUUCUACAAGCAACAACAUAUCUACCCCAAAACCUGCUGCCCCUAAACCAGCUCUUGCAGAAUCCAGCUCAUCAGCGAAGACUACUGCUCCUUGUGGUCAGGUGCAAACAGUCACCAAGAUUCCCUGCUCUCAAUGUCUGCAAGCGUUCUUCCACAAGCCAGAACUACUGGAGUUCAAGAGAAAGAUGUAUGCUUUCUGUGAUAGCGCUUGUGUUGAGGAGUUCAAAAGGAUCAACAACAUCAUGGCACGCUGCGAAUACUGCAAGAUCGAUAAAGUUGUGAAGGAGGUAAAAAGGAUAAACAAGAUUGACCGCUCUUUCUGCAGCGAAGGAUGUAAGUUACUGUAUAAGCAUGACCUGGUUAAGCGCUGGGGAAAGAAACAUUGUCGCAACUGCCUCUACUGUAGCGGCACAUGUCAGAGUGUAGUGACUGGUGUCUUUGCGAACAAGCAGGAGGAGUUUUGUGGGAAUGUAUGCUUGCAACAAUACAACUUAUUGAUGCGUCAGGAAAUAAAGUGCACAAUGUGCAAGCAGGCCAAGAAGUUGACUGAGACUGUGAAAUGGCUGGGUGAGAUUAAGCAUUUCUGCAGCCUGCAAUGCCUGAUGUUCUUCUGCAGUCUGCAGGGCACCACUGGGGCAGUCACCAAAGCUGCAAACAAACCUCUGCCCACACAGGGGACAACUCCAGUACCACCUGUAGUGCCACAAAGUACAGUUAAUCGUACAUCACAGAGUACUAAGGAGGCCACACCGGUCAUUGCCAAUGUUAUAUCACUCUCAAGUGCACCUAAUGGACAGCCAGGUAUCUUGGGAAACACCGUUCUCCAAGGCUCUGUUCCAGCUGCUACUAUAAAAGUUAUAGGACAUGCCAGUACACAGACAGAUGCUGUGAAGGUUCCUGUCCCGCCACCCCGAAUCCUAAAAAACAAGGCCUUAUUAUGUAAACCCUUAAGCCAGAACAAAGGCACAUCUUGUAAGCCCAAUGCCUGUGACGCGGAUACACAAACAGUAGGACCUGCCAUGAUGGUGCUGCCUGUACCGGUGCCGAUUUAUGUUCCAGUUCCCAUGCAUCUCUACUCCCAGUACACUCCAAAACCUGUGGGGUUACCACUACCAGUACCAGUGCCCUUGUUCUUCCCCACUACACUAGACAGUGCUGAGCGCAUUGUUGAAACCAUUCAAGAAAUCAAAGAAAAAAUCCCAGAUGACCCUCUGGAGGCUGACCUUAUUAUGAUGGCUGAAAUGGUGGCUGAAGAUGCUGAGAAGGAGAAACCAAUCACAUCUAGUGACCAGCCUGGUAACUUAAUGGAGGACCUUGAUUUUGAAGCCUUAUCCAACAAUCUAAGCUGGGAAGAGGAUUCUGUCUCAUCUGCCCAGACAUGGGAUCAAACCUCAGAGUUGGAGAAGCCUACAUCCAAAGAGGUCACAGUGACCCCCAUCUCCACCCCAGCAGAAGAGCCCCAGAAGGAUCUGGAGACCGAUUUACCAAUCGAGAGCAUUGAACUUUCUAGACAGCCAACACAGCAGGAGCUGGAGAGAACGCAUUCUGUCAAACAAAGAACUCGCAAGAGAGGCCGUGACCGCUUCCAAGAAAAGAAACGGGUCCGUAAACGUGCAGAACGGUGUGCAGCCACAUCAGCUUCAGACACCCUCGCUAACGUCUCCAAACUUCAACAUGAGUACGGUGUCAGUGCCUGGAAAGACUGGGUACGCUGGAGAAACACCCAACCCAACAUGGAGACUCCCAAAUUUGGCUCACGAAGUAUGACACUCAAGGAGGAUUUGUUGAAGUGCAGCACUGCUGAGCUCAGCUAUGGCCUCCUCAAGUUCAUCUCCGAGAUCCGUCGACCCAAUGGAGAGAAAUACAGUCCUGAUAGUAUCUUUUAUCUCUGCUUAGGCAUCCAACAGUACCUGUUUGAGAAUGAACGGAUGGAGAACAUCUUUGCAGAUAUCUUCUACAGCAAAUUUUGCGUGGAUAUGACCAACAUGCUCAAGGGGUGGAAACCAACUAUUUUGCCUAGUGGUUAUGUUCAUUCUCGCGUAGAGGAGGAGUAUCUGUGGGACUGUAAGCAGCUGGGGGCGUUCUCACCCAGCGUCCUGCUCAACACGCUGCUCUAUUUCUUCACCAAGUUUUUCAAAUACAAGACAGUGGAGCAGCACCGCCGCCUCUCUUUCGGCCACGUCAUACGCUGUUCUCGGAAAACGGGCAGCAACAAAGUAGCCUGUUUGCGUUUCUAUCCGCCCAAAGAGGAUGCAAGCACAGAUGGUGUCCCUGCAAAGAAGAGGAAGGAAGAGGAAGAAGACAUGGAUAAUAUGCUGGAGAUUAAGGAGAAUUCAGAAAAUCCCCUACGCUGUCCUCUCAGGCUGUAUGAGUUCUAUCUCUCAAAAUGCUCACCCAGCGUGAGACAACGCACGACCCAGUUCUACCUGACCCCUGAACGCUCCUGCGUGCCCAACAGCCCCAUGUGGUUCUCAACCACCUCUCUAAGUGACGAGGCUCUGGACAGCAUGCUCACACGCAUCCUUACAGUCAGAGAGCUGCAUCUGGAGGAAGAUAAAUCACCCAGUCAGACAGAUUCAGACAGUGGCUCAGACUGAGUGAUAGUGCACAUGAAAGUGACUGUUAAGUAAUGGAGAUGUCUCAGGGGAAAGAUUGCUCCUGGAUGAUCCUCUGUUUAAUUUCACAUAGAUGAGAGAACCUAAAUUCCAUCUUUUGAUAAAUUAACUGUGGUUCUGAUGGCUGAAAAGCAACUGAUUUCUCAUUGUAUUUUCCAUAUUCAUUUAGCUGGUAGUUACAAGACUGUACAGUUUUUAGUAAUCAAGUGUCAAAUAUAUUUGAAAAAUGCUCAGUUCGAGGACAGUACUGAAUUUCCUGCAAUGCUACAUUACAUACAAAUGAUUGUGAGCCACAUUUUUUUAUAUCAUGCUGAAACACUAAAGACAUUGGCUUCAUUCUUAAAUGGUCAUUAAAGAUGUUGGCUUGAG